AUGGAUAAAUUUAACAAAAAUUGUCCAGAUGAAAUGAAACAGAUUGAAACAUUGAACAAUGGUACUAUCUAUAACAAUGAUAAUGAUGAGGAAUUUCUUGAUCAUGAUGAAUUUCGUCGAUAUGGAACUGAGAUGAUUCAAUAUGUGGCUGACUACCUAGAGAAUAUUCAACAAAGGAAGCUGAUCCCGACUGAAGCACCAGAUGAACCAGAGAGUUGGGAACAAAUAAUCAGUGAUAUUGAAAGGGUGAUUAUGCCAGGGGUUACCCACUGGCAACAUCCACGUUUUCAUGCCUAUUUUCCUUGUGGUUGUUCAUACACUUCAAUAUGUGCCGAUAUCCUUUCUGAUGGCAUAUCGUCAAUAGGAUUUACAUGGGUUUCAAAUCCAGCCUGUACUGAAUUAGAAGUUGUUAUGAUUGAUUGGUUGGCAAAAAUGUUAGGCUUACCAAAACACUUUUUGUUUGGCAAAAAUAGCGGUGGAGUUAUACAAGGUGGUUGUAGUGAAUCAACACUGGUCGCUUUGUUAGCUGCAAGAAAUAAAGCUGUAAAAGAAUAUCAGAAUGAUCAUCCAUGUGCAACAGUCUAUGAAGUCAUAUCUAAACUUGUUGGGUAUUAUUCUAUUCAAGCGCAUAGUUCAGUUGAACGAGCUGGUCUAAUCAGCUUGUUACAACUAAAAGCGAUCAAGUCAAAUGAACACUAUGGAAUGAAUACAACUGUACUAGAACAAACUAUUCAAGAAGAUAUACAGAAUGGAUUAAUUCCAUUUUUUUGCUGUGCAACGUUGGGGACUACAGGUACUUGUGCAUUUGAUAGUUUAAAGGAAAUUGGACCAAUAUGCAGUAGACACAAUAUUUGGCUUCAUGUGGACGCAGCGUACAGUGGUUCGGCUUUCAUUUGCCCAGAAUAUAGAUAUUUAAUGGAUGGAAUUGAACAUGCCAUGUCAUUCGUAUUUAAUCCACAUAAAUGGUUGCUGAUAAAUUUCGACUGUUCUGUUGUAUGGUAUCGUGAAGCGAACUGGAUCAAAAAUUCGUUUCAUGUUGAUCCACCAUACCUAAAGCAUGAACAUCAAGAAGAUGUCGUCGAUUUUCGACACAUGCAUAUUCCUCUGGGUAGAAGAUUUCGUUCCUUGAAGAUCUGGUUUACCUUAAGAAGAUAUGGUGUCAAAAGGCUACAAGCAUAUAUUCGUAAUCAUAUACAGUUGGCUCACUACUUUGAAGAACUGAUGCGAGAUGACUCUCGCUUUGAAAUUAUUGCUGAAGUUGUGCUUGGUUUGGUCUGUUUUCGACUGAAGAAUAAUAAUGAACUAACAAAGCAACUGUAUCGUAACAUUGAAGCUGAUGGUAGGAUACAUCUAGUACCAUCUGAAUUUUAUUCACCUGAACCAUUAUACUUUAUUCGUUUCGCUAUCUGUUACCAUUCACCUAAUAAACAGCAAAUUCAAUAUGCAUUUGAUGUCAUCAGUGAAUUGUCUGAUAAAUUGCUUAAUCCAAUUAUCAAGACACCUGAUGGAAUAGUUAAAAGUGACAGUGAAGAACAACUGAAACAGAUGACAAAUCAAAUAGAUGAUAACUGA